CGUGUUAUUUUAUUCAUUUGAAUUUUUGUGAAAACGCUUAAAUUAAGCAAUCAACUUCAUUCACACGAUAAAAGAAAACCUAUUUUGUCAUGGAUAAUGAAUUACUGCACAUAACUUUGGCCAACCAUUUUAUUCUGUAAUUGUCUUUUAUUUUCAUCAAAUAAUUAUUAAUAUGGCAUUUUCUAUGUACCAUAGCUUCCAUGUUUUCAAUAAAGUAUUUUAGAAAUUAAAAAAAAAAAAAAAAAAAGAAAGAAAAAAGAAGGCUGUAUGCGCACCGUUUGGAUAAACUUAUCAGACCGAAAAAAGCGUCUUCUCGGUUCCUCUUCAAAAAGUAGAGUAGAAAAGUCGAUCCAAUUUCUGAAGAUCCGAACUCUGGUAAUUUCUAGGGUUUCACUUCUCCCUCUCUGUCUCUUACUUGAUCUUCCAAUCCAAUAACAAUUGAAGUUAAUUAGGGUUAGGGUUUUCCCUUUCCCAGUCAAAUAACCAAAGAUGCCACAAAGACACUCGAAGAACAACAACGAUUUAGCCUUCUUCACGUAUGAUGAGAAGAGGAAGCUAGGAUACGGGACUCAAAAGGAGAGGUUGGGAAAAGACUCGAUUAAGCCAUUCGAUGCUUGCUGCCUUUGCUUGAAGCCUUUCAUCAAUCCUAUGUCUUGCCAAAAAGGUCAUGUCUUUUGCAAAGAAUGCAUUCUCGAAUGCCUUUUAGCCCAGAAAAAGGACAUCCAAAGGAAGCUUGCUGCCCACGCUACUCAGCAGAAACAAGAGAAGGAAGAGGAGGAGGAGAGGUUGAUGUUGCAGAAAGCAAGGGAGCUUGAUGCAUUUGAUCAGCAAAAUCAUGGUGCUGUACCACAAUAUAAUGACAGAAACCACAGCAGAGACAAGAAUGGGUUCCAUGGGGCAAAUAGUGUGAAGGUCACUUCUUAUGAAGAGGAAGCACUCCGGACGAUGAAAGCUUUUUGGCUUCCCUCGGCAACUCCAGAAGCAUCUGUUAAAGUUGAGGCACCUUCCACUAUUACAAUCUGUCCAGAAGGCAAGGAAAAACUCAAGCUGAAGAGCCUUUUUCCUAUCUAUUUCACUGAAGAUGACAGUGAACAGAAGAAAUCUUCUCUUGAUAAGACUUAUAUUUGUCCAAGCUGCAAGGUCACACUGACCAAUACAUUAUCAUUGGUAGCCCUUAGCUCCUGUGGGCAUGUCUUUUGCAAGAAAUGUGCUGACAGGUUUAUGGCUGUCGAUAAAGUAUGUUUGGUUUGUGAUAAGGCAUGCAGAGAGAGGACUUUGGUGACCUUGGAAAAAGGAGGGACAGGCUUUGCUGGCCAUGGGGAUCAACUUCAAGCCACUGAUUUUAAGCAUUUGGGAAGUGGUAGUGGCUUGGGGCUUGUUAGACCUGCAUCUAAGACAUAAACUUUCUUUUUUACCCUUUGGUAGGUCAACAAGUUUCAUUUUCUUUAUGCUUUUCAGAUUUGUUAUCUUUACACAUCAUUCGAAUCUUCACUUCUGGUAUGAAUGUGUUUAAUUUUAUUGUAACAGAGCAAUGGUGGUAUCGUUUCUUUUUUCAUGUUUAAACAUGUUAAGGCUCAGCCUUUUGCCUUUGAAACUAAAAUGGUAAAUAUAGGCGUUGAAAUGUUGAACUUCUUCCCAUUGUUUUCUAAUCGAGGGAAAACGCAUAUAGAAAUAGAACUCCAAUC